AUGAGUACAACGCAGCGGAGCGAGAGCAUGAAUGCUUUUUUUUAUGGUUAUGUUCAUGCGAAAACAAACUUGAAAGAGUAUGUCGACCAAUUUGACAACGCUUUGAAGAAGAAAAUUGAGAAUGAAAAUAACGCUGACUUUCACUCAUUUAGCGUCACAAUUCCCUGCAUAUCUAGAUCUCCGAUCGAGAAGAAGUUUCAAGAAUUAUAUACGAAUGCAAAAUUCAGGGAAGUUCAGCGAGAACUGCAAUGUCUUAUAGAUUUGGCCCCAGAGUUGCUUAAGAGAGAUGGUGGUGUAAAGACAUAUCAUGUAGAGGAUGAAGUUCAUGUGGAAGACUUCACUAAGCUAGUUACAUAUUCAGUGGACUUUAGUGAGGUGGAUACAAUUGCAAAGUGUUCGUGUGGGCUAUUUCAGAUGAGGGGCAUAGUGUGCAGGCAUAUUUUGGUUGUGUUUAAGUCUAAUGGUAUAAAAGAUUUGCCAAAUCAGUACAUUUUGGACAGAUGGAGGAAGGACAUCAAGAGGAGGUACACGUUAAUUGCUGGCAGCUAUGACGCAGGGGCUCAGCGAGCAGAUGCUAACAGAUAUUCUACUCUGUUGAAUAUCUGUUAUAAGAUGAUUACUUAUGCUGCGGGUUCAAAAAAACAUACCGAGGAUGCAACACAGAAGUUGUAUUCAAUGAUUGAGUUAUAUAGUGAGAACCAAGAACCUCCAUCAAGAACAUGCACGGGUUCCAAUGUUAUUCCUUCGAUACCGGAGACAGCUGCAUGUGCGGGUUCACAGAAAGUACUCAGUCCGCUAGUAGUAAGAGGAAAAGGCAGACCACCAUCUCUGAGGAGAGCAUCGAUAAUGGAAAAAGAGAUGCGGAAAGUUAAAGCGAAGGCGAAGAAUGCAACAGUCAAGGGAAAAUGGAAACAGAGGGAUGGAGGAGAUACAGCAUUGCCAGAUACGCGUCGGAAUUUAUUUGGCCCAUCUGAAAAAGAUAUGUGUGAAGUUGGAUUGUCGCAGCUUGUUGAAGACAGCUUAAUAAUUGAAAAAUCUCGAAUGGAGCGCCAAGAAUCAAUGAUCGCCAGUCAAGAAAUAAUGUUAUUUGGGAUGGAUGGAUCACAACCAAUUGAUGGAUCACAACCCGUAGAUGGUACUCAUUAAUGAAUAUAAUCCGAAUGUCUCCUAG